GAAGAGGAUAGGAUUAUCUUCUCGCCGAAUCCAUGAACUCGACGAUCUUCUGUGGUGCCUGGACAGUCAGGAAAUCCUCAGGCGUAAAUGAAAAGGCAUAAGGCUGAUAUUUAUAUUUUUGUGCUGUAAUAACAGCCGAUGCGCGGGCGUCAGAAAUGUCGUUUCGUUAUAUUUUUGAGUAAACAAUGCCACACAAACAACGGGAAGUAUUGUCAAUGCCGGGGAAAGAGAAAGAGCUUCGUUGACGACUAGGAAUCCAAGCUAUACUUGCUGGGAGCAUGCUAGAUGUGGGAAAGUGGCCAGUAUUUGCCCUCUUGCCCCCGGAGGAACUGCGCCUGAUUCGCCAGGCAUGUGUGUUUGGCAGCGCGGGGAAUGAAGCCAUCUACGUCACCGUCAACGAUGAGGUCUUCGCCCUGGGAACAAACUGCAGCGGCUGUCUGGGGCUGGGGGACGUGCAGAGCACCAUCGAGCCCCGCAGGGUAGACGUGCUCUGUGGGAAGAAGAUUGUGUCUCUCAGCUACGGCACGGGGCCGCACGUGGUCAUCGCCACAGCAGAUGGAGAGGUGUAUGCAUGGGGGCACAAUGGCUACAGCCAGCUGGGCAAUGGCACCACCAACCACGGCCUGACCCCGGCUCAAGUGUCCACCAACCUGCUGAACAAGAAGGUGACAGAGGUGGCCUGUGGGUCCCAUCACACCAUCGCCCGCACCACCGAGGGGGAGGUGUAUGCAUGGGGGUACAACAACUCGGGCCAGGUGGGCUCUGGCUCCACCGCCAACCAGCCCACCCCUCGCCGGGUCAGCAGCUGCCUGCAGAACAAGGUGGUGGUGAACAUCGCCUGUGGCCAGCUCUGCUCCAUGGCUGUGCUGGACAAUGGGGAGACAUACGGCUGGGGCUACAAUUGCAAUGGUCAGCUGGGCUUGGGAAACAAUGGGAACCAGCAAACCCCUUGUCGUAUCGCCGCCCUACAGGGCAUCAACAUUGUGCAGAUCGCCUGCGGGUACGCGCACACGCUUGCCCUCACGGAUGAGGGAUUCCUCUAUGCAUGGGGUGCCAACUCUUACGGACAGCUGGGCACAGGCAACAAGAGCAACCAAGCGGUGCCUGUUCUCGUUAGCAUGGACAAGGAGAGAUUGGUGGAGGUAGCUGCCUGUCAUACCAGCCACACGUCUGCAGCCAAGACCCAGAGCGGCCAGGUGCUGAUGUGGGGUCAGUGCCGAGGCCAGGCGGUGGCCACCCCCCACCUCACGCACUUUGCCAGCACCGACGACGUCUUUGCCUGCUUCGCCACGCCCGCUGUCACCUGGCACCUCCUUACUGUGGAUGGGGAUGAUUACUUGACCGUGGCACAGUCCCUGAAAAAGGAGUUUGACAGCCCAGAGAUCUCUGACCUGAAGUUCCUGGUGGAUGGGAAGUGUAUUCAUGUUCACAAGGCCCUGCUGAAAAUCAGGUGUGAGCAUUUCCGGGCCCUGCUGAAUGAGACUGAUGAGGAGUCCAUUGAGAUCCACCAGUUCUCUUACCUGGUGUACCGUGCUUUCCUGGAAUACCUGUAUACUGACACCAUCAACCUGCAACCGGAGGAUGCUAUCGGGCUCCUGGACCUGGCCACUUUCUACCGAGAGACUCGUCUGAAGCGGCUGUGCCAGGAGGCCAUCAAGCGGGGCAUCUCGGAGGAGAACGCCAUUACCCUGCUCUCAGCAGCCGUCAAGUACGAGGCUCGGGACCUGGAGGAGUUCUGCUUCAAGUUCUGCGUCAACCACCUGACAGCCGUGACCCAGACUCAGGCCUUUGCGGAGAUGGACCACGACCUGCUCAAGAACUUCAUCAGCAAAGCCAGCCGUUAUGGAGCCUUCAAAAACUGAGCAGCUAGGAUGCAGAGAGAUGGAGGGAGAAAGGGGAAUAGGCAUGGACGGAUAGGAGAGACAGAGUGGAGGGCCAGCACCAAGCUCAUCAGAGUAAGGCCAAGGUUCCUUAAAGACUGAUCUCAGUUUAGCUGUCUCCUAACAGGGGAAACAGUGAGACAUAAAUCUCAGCCUAUUAGUAGACUUCCAGCCCUACCCCCUGCCACACACACACACACAAUGAGAGCAUAGAUGAGGUAUUAUCUCAAGCAUAGGAGAAAGACAGCUAGAAUGAAGUUAAUUCAUCACUAAAAGGGGGCAUUAGGGUCACCUGAUUAUGUGAGAAACAAAGCCGGAGCUUCCUUUUGAUAAAGAAAGUAAACAAAAGCACCAAAUGCAAAAUGUACUGCUCUGGGUACUGUGGGCACAUUCAGGAAACGUGGGGCUUGAUAAUGGAACAAUAAUAUAUCUCCACAGAUGAGAUAAUGAACAUUUCUUUGAUGGCAAUUACUGGGAUCAUGGGAGACAUUCCAAUCUUGUGUAGGUAGAACAGGAAAAAGGGGAUAAAUUUUCAAUGAAUACUAAGAGGGCGGCACGUAGUUAAUGGCGGCCAUGAGAUACGAUAGGAUUUUCAAGUAGGAACGCAUUUCAUUGAAUCCUUCCAGAAAAGACUAGCUUCUAGAAUUUAGAGACUUUAAAUUCAUGAAAAGAAAGAAACGCAUUUUAAUAACAAAAUAUAGUAUUGUUUAUGAGUCAGUGUUUGAUGGUGGGCAUAAAAGAGAAGUAUCCAUUUAGAGGUGUUUUUUUUUUUUUUUUACUGACAUUUGACUGACUGUUUAAUCCGACCCUUGAAUAAUGUGUCUAUAAGCGUUUAUAUAUUGUAUGUUUUGUUAAAUGGAUAUUUACAGAAUAUAUUUGAAAAGGUCAAAGGGAUUUUCCACUAAUAUGUGGUUUCCAUAGAGCCCUGUGUCCCAGCAUAUAUUGUACUGUUACUAUGUUUUUAUGUCUUUUUGUAUUUUAGACAAAAUUUAUAGAGAGCUCCUCCACUUUGUGGUUUGUCUCUAAAAGCAUAACUGUUUAGAGAUGGUCUAGACAGACCAUAUUGACACGGAAUAAUGAUCCGAAGUGAUGUUUACUGGCUGGUGAUGCAGACCUUUCAGUGUUGAUGAUUAACUUUCCAUGCAUGUAGCUUGUUGUUCUUUAGAACAGGUCACAGGGUUAUUGCAGGAUAUCGGCAAAUAUGCAUGAAUUAUCAUUAUCUGUGUAUGACAACACUAAUGGCAAACCUGUCAUCAGCCAUGCACCUAUACGUCAAUACAAUCAAGUAUGACUACGUAAUUUCCUGACUUAUAUUUCUUGUCCGUCUUUUUUGAGGGUGUUGCACAUUGUUAACUCCCUCUAUGACAAACCCGAUACCCCUGGACGAUAAGCUUAGUAGUAACGCUGGUAUUUUGAAAAGCUUUACCAUUUAUGCACAGUUUGAGAGUACUGACUUACAGGCCCAAUCGUCAAUAUUUUCUCAGUGGGGAGCUUCACCCCUUCCUUUGCAGCACAACUGCAGUUGUAUAGUAUAGGUCCAUCUGUAUAUUGCCAGUGAGAUCCUUCCUUUGCUGAUAUAUUGCAGUUACCACUGAAAAAUGUCCAGGUCCAGAGUAAGGAGCUCUAGUUCUUUCUGAGAUGUGAUAAAAACCUGCAGCCUAAAGGGACUAUUUGUCUGAAUCAAACAGUAAUGAUAAUACUUCCAACAUGAGCACCAAGUAAGUGUUCUACAGCUAUCUAUGGUGAGCGAUCCAUGAA